CUCGACUGUUUCUCCGCUUUGUUGUCCUCUGUUUCUACUGGUACGAUACGGAAUGCAUCGUACCGUAGUUUGAGUACGAACACGUAAUGUAUCGUACACACCACACAGCACAGUACGAUCAAGUACGAGUACGAACUGUGCAUGCAGACAACACUUGUUUUUUGAUUUGUGGCGAAUACCCGUACUCGUACUUCACCUCGAUUCCAUCGCGUUGUUGCACCCGUGGUCGUACUGUCAACUUCUGGUAGCAAAGUACCGUACGUACCGUACCUUUCAGUAUCCCCCCGAGUAUCAACGUCGCCAAGCCGAAAAUCAUCAUGGAGCGCAAUCAUUCUGUUAUCACUUCAUUAACAGUUACCUAUCAACUUCGUUGGUGAUCGUGCCUUCCUUUCCAUUUUUCGCUUCUAACAAUCAACAUUAUUUGCUCACAUUCCUCCUCGCAGAGAAACAACACCCACAGAUCCGUCAGCCUCUCCUGUUCAUUCCAGAAGGUGAUCGCAGUGUCAUCACGGAAGCUGGACUGACAAGCAAGCUUCCGAUAAAUAACUUGCCUGGAUCAAGCAACCUAAAUCGGCUCAUCCAUGAGGGAACUUCGGGUGGAGGAUGCUCUCCUAUACUUAGACCAAGUGAAGGUCGAGUUUGGUGAUCGUCCGCAUAUUUACAAUGAGUUCUUGGAUAUCAUGAAAACCUUCAAGACCCAGCAGAUCGAUACUCCCGGAGUAAUUCGACGUGUGUCAAACCUCUUUCAGGGGAACAGAAGACUCGUGCUGGGAUUCAACACGUUUUUACCCGAAGGGUACAGAAUUGAGUUGCCAGACGGAGAUGGCCCACCUGUUGCCGUCUUUCGGGCACCAGGUGAAAUGGCGGUCAGACACGACCUUUCGGGACCCAACAUCCCUCCCGUUCGGCAUCACGAACCUCCACAGACGCAACCACCAUCCCAUGCUGGCAUGCCACCCGGGCCCGCUGGAAUGCAGGUUCCUCCGGGGCAGCAGCAACAACAGCAGGGUCGUGUCGGGCCACCUGGUUUUGAGGGCAUGAUGGCUGGUAGGGGAGGGCCCGUCGGACCACCACCUCAGCAACAACAGCAGCAGCAACUACAUCACAAGCACAACGGGGCGAUGAUGGAUCGAGUGGCUGGGGCUCCGGGCGGCCUUCCAGGCCAACCAACGAUGCAUGCGCAACAGAUGAGCGACCCGCACGGACAGCAGCAGCUCACGCAGCAGCAGCAACAACAUCUCACCCAACACCACACCAAUGCGUCACUCGCUCGGGUUGGACUACCCCCGCCACCCGGGAGGCCCGGGUUGGCUGUUGGACAGCCACAACCGCCCCAGCAGGUGAUGCGCCAGCAACAGGCAAUGGGAAACGGUAGCAACGCCGCUUCUCCCCCAAACGCUGCGAAUGGGGCUGGCAAUGCGCAACAACCAGGGCAGCCCCUCGAGUUUGAUCAUGCCAUCAACUAUGUCACUACAAUCAAGAAGCGUUUUGCCGAUGAGCCCGAAACAUACAAAAAAUUCCUUGAGAUUUUGCACACGUAUCAGAAGGAGCAACGUGGCAUCAAGGAGGUCUUGGAAGAAGUUUCAGUUCUGUUUGAAGAACAUCCAGAUCUUCUAAAGGAAUUCACUUUCUUCUUGCCAGAUGCUGUACAAGCCGAGGCAAAGCAACAGCUUGCCAUCGUUGUAAAAGAAGCCGAGGAACGAAGAGCGCGGAAGCUUGCCGCUGAAAAGCAWGCAGCACUACCCAAGCAACCCAAGCGAUACGUUGCACCCACUCCAGCACCUCCUCCACCGGUCGAACGGAGGCCUACGUCCGCCACCAUUGCAUUCGGUGCCACGGCCCCUCGAAGCGUAGAGCGCGAAAAGGAAAUCCACCGAAGCACUGUGUACGGAACUGUAUCCUUUGGUCCACCUCGACCCCCAAGAAAGAACAUGCCUACUGUAGCAGAGGCUGCGAAAAAGGAAGGCCGACCAACUACGCUACCGCCCUGUCCCCCACAACCCACAACACCCGAGAUGGCCUUUUUCGACCGUGCAAAACGCCAUUUGAGUCGAAGAGAACUUGCCCCUGACAAACCGACGGGAAGAGCGCGCCAUACGCCUUAUGCAGAAUUUUUGAAAUGUUUGCAUCUAUUUGGAUCCGGUGUGCUGAAUAAAGACGAGCUCGUUUUGCUGCUACGUGGUCUUUUUGUCCAGGGUCAUGCACCGAAGAGCGGGGUCAACGCAGGAGGGGGAGCCAGCAACCCUGCAAUCGCAACCGAUGCGCAUAAUCUAUUGAACGAAUUUCAAGAAAUUCUCAUCGGCAGAGGACCGUAUGCUGAUCAGCUGGCGAACCAAAAAGAUAAAUCAAAGUAUGGAUCUAAGCGCUGCAGAGAUGUGGAAUUGUCAGCUAAGCUUUCACCAUCGUAUGCAGAAUAUCCAAAAGACUAUCCGCACGACCUCUUCAUGACGCACACAGGGCAGACAUCGGAGGAUUCACAGGUGUUGAAUAGUACUCUGGUAUCGGUCGGUAACGAUACAACUGGAAUUUGCUCCAUCGCAACUCGAAGAAAUACAUACGAGGAGGCCAUGUUCCGAAUAGAAGACGAACGAUUUGAAGUCGACAUGGCCAUCGAAAGGAAUGCAAAUGCAAUGCGCAAAACCGAACCCAUUGCAGAAGAAGUUCAAAUGCUACGAGAGGGAGAAGAGAAAGAUGGACAACCUAUUGGCCGCCUUCAAUACAAAUUGAAUGCACGCACGCUGAAUUCUAUUCAUAUCAACGCUAUCGGACGUAUAUACGGCGAAAAUGGGGACGARGUUAUACAAUAUCUCUCUCGGAAUCCAUUGGCUGUACUUCCAAUCAUCUAUCAAAGACUGCGACAGAAAGAUUUGGAAUGGCGUAAGCAAAAGAGUGAUUUGAUGUCGCAAUGGAAAGCUGCUACCGAGGCCAACUAUGAGGGGAGUCUGGACCACACCUGCUUCUUCAAGCGGCGUGCAUUGGAACGUCGUUUUGGAUUAGAGCAACUGCGUGACGAGUGUAAGCAAGCCAGACAAUACUGUUCAAAUCAAAACAAACGCAAGGACAGCCCUGUCAGCUUUGGUUUAAGUGUUCCUGACAGGUCAGCAGUAUUUUAUCAGCCCUACGCCUCUGUUGAAAUGAAACCAUCUUCGUCGGUUCACCACAAUGCUGUUGGUUUUCUGAUCAAUCACAUCAGGUAUAGAUGUCACAUUGGAGAUAAAAUCAGACCCCCAAACACAGAUGCGCGGGAAAAAGUUGGGAGAAUUUGGACGGAAUUUAUGCUUCCGUUUUUUAACUAUCCUAGUUUUUGGGUACUGGAGGAAUCUCGACAAAGCUACCAGGGGAAAAUCAGCAACGCCGUAGUGCAAUGUACGUAUUAUGUCUGUGUAUUUUACUCCCAUUUAUUGUGUCUUCCUUUCAAAAACUGAUUCUCUAAAUCCCUUUCAAUUUUAUCGUUUCCAACCUGCAGAUGCUGUUGGGGAACGUGUUAUGACUGCAUUUGGAGAGGGUACCAUUCAAGCAUUUGAUGAUGGAUUAGAUUCGGAAGAAGGCCCCCGUUAUCGCGUAAAACUUCCAUUUGGAAUUGGUAAUCUUCAGCCAUAUGCCAUACUGCAUAACGUUGAUGCAGGGGACGGAUCUAAGUACGCGCGGCGUGACGAUGAAAUGAUAAAGGAAACGAACUCAUCGAUGUCGGAAGAAUCUGAGUCUGCGUCUUCCGUGGUUGUUGACAAGAAAUUCAAGCUUUUAUUUGGAUCCGACAGCAUCUACCUCUUCCUGCGUUUGUAUGGUUUCCUCAUUUCGCUCCUGGACGAUAUCAAAGAGCAUCUCAGUAGAAAUCCAACCACGGCUGACCUCAGUCAAUCCUACUACAAUCCCAUGAAAUCUGCAGAAGACACAAAGAAGCUGGAAGAAAAAUUGAAUUUCGACGCUGUUGUUGCAAAACUCAGUGGAGUUGUGUCGAAGAAGACGAGUCUCAAUGAUUUCGAAACCUUCGCGCGCCGUGUGAAUCGGGACAUUACAUACAAGAUAGCAGCGUUGCCAAAGUUGGUAGAACGCUGUGGCGAUAUGAUGAUUAAGAUGUCGGAGGAGGACUUACUGCCUGGUAUAUUUGACAGUUCUCAGUAUUCCGGUCAGUGUCCCGUUACUCUCCGGUCGACUUGCAUGGGGAUGUCUUCGACCGCGGAAUACCGAAUUCAAUACAACACCAAACUGGGUCGAAUUUACUUUAGUUAUUUGCCAGAAGACGAAGAGUUAUCUACUACCCUUCCUGGCGACGACGACGAUGACGACGACGACGACGAAAUGGAAGACGGCGAGAUGGACGACGAUUACGAUGAUGACAUGGACUUGGAUCACGAAGAGGAAGAUCUGCGGGAAGUGAAGCGAAUCAAGGUUCGGUAGUUGAAUUGGAAUGCACUAGCAAAUGAAUCAAUGCUGACCAAUUUUUUGAGGGAAUUGUAUACGAUUAAUGAUAUUACAGUACACAUCAUAAUAGGAUUUCAAAUUAAUACAUGUUCAAAUA